UGAUCAAGCAGCGAGAACACAUUCAAAAAAAAUUUAGUCUAGCAUUGGUGCUUUGGUAGCGGAUGUGCUCGAAAUUACGUUCAAACCAAACAAACAAAAUUUGUUUAGAAGUCGUCGAAAAUGAGUAACAAUCCAGGGGCAACCACAACGACCAUGGAAGGAGCACAAAAGUUGACCGAUGAGGAGAAGUAUCGGUUAAUGGAUAACAAUUUUUCUACUCCUCUGACCGGUACCUUCCUCAAUUUGCCCAAUGAACCCGCCCAAAUCGUUUGUCCCAGCUGUGGAAAAAAGGACGAGAGCACUGUUCAUGUAGAGGACCAACAGUGGGCAGCAAAAAUUAAUAGUUUUACAGAGGCAUUAUUCUUCUGCCUUUGCUGCUGCUGGUGCGUGGACUGGAAGAAACCUCUGAACAAAACGGAUACCAAUCAUUAUUGUCAGCAUUGUACCUGUUACCUGGGCAGAGCAAACCGUAUUCCACCUGUGAGCCACCACAAUGGCAAAUCUCUUACAAAUCAAUACAACCAGUGAGAAGAGGGAUGCAGAUAAUUGUCCGCUGGAACAUUCUUGCUAAACAUAAAGACAGAAGCUUUUAUUAAAUAAAAUUUUAUGAAACGCCAUAAUUGUAUGCAUAUAUAA